UUCAACGGGCUUUGUUUGUCUCUCAAGAUAAUAAAAGCUCUAUCUGCUGCCAACUUUGAUGAAUCCUGUUAUUCUUUUCACCUGAAUAAUAAUACUAUUUGACCUAAAUCUUCUGAUCGAGACAACUUGUGUUAUUGAGAUACGACCCCACCCCCAAACAUCUCACCAAUCAGAGCUCACACUGAACGUUAUAUAGACCAGCGGAUCACACUUCCCCCUCUCCUAAACUUUGAAGCGGACAGCACGCACGCACGUCUGACUCGAGAGUAAAGAGUGGAAGACGUCGCGUUUUAUUUUUUCGUCAGACACCUGGACGGACAGCAAACACAAUUUCUUUUAGUCGUGGGUCCGGAGUAGUUCUCGUUUCAGGGCGUACAUUCCCGGACCAUACAGCGCUUUUGAGGAAGCUGUGUCAGAGUUUGGACAACGAGUUAAACAGAGUGAAAAGCGGAGCUACGGUAAGCCAUAUGGAGAACCCGACGAGACCUUAACUGAAGUCAUCCCUUCAAAGAUUGCUCAUCAUUUAAUGGGAUCUGUACGUCCACACAGCCAAGCAGUGGUCUGUCCAGCAUUCCAGCACUGGCGUGACAUUGGUGCUCUCUCAUCACCUCUGGACAACAAUGUUACGUCUGUACCAGUGGUUCACCAUGCUAAGGGAAUACAAAACAACAUGGUAGCCACUCUGUAUCCUGAAGAAUUCAGAGUGGCUUACAGUCCAGCUCAGUGGCAGCAAGGCAGUCACACACCGUCAAAACAAAAUUUCCAGGGAUACACCCAAAGUGAGUUACAGCGAACCAUAGCAAAAACUAGAUUCCAGGACCCAAAUUCAGGAAAUAGUGCAUCUUCAUCAAAAAAUGUCUUCACACAGCACAGCAGUUGCUUAAGUUCAUCUGCUAAUGAGAACACUGUAAGAGAUUCUGUUAAUGAAGCUGGACGACAAAGUGGAUUUUCUGAGCAGAAAGGGUCAAAUUUAAACAUUAAUCCUGGGCUCUCACAAAGACAACUUAACGCCUUCUCAGUCUGUACUCCAGACACAGUCGCAGCACAUAAACGGAAGCUUCCCCUGCUGCAUGCCUUACUGGCAUCAAAUUCAUCAUCUUCAUCAGGAGAAAUGAAUGCCAACAUUGAACUCAAUACUCGCUUUUCAGAAGACCGAGACUGCCAGAGUCAGCAAAUGAAAAGCUCACUAGCUGCUUUAAACUGUGGAAAGUCCAGAAAACUCCAUGUAGAUCAUUCAGGAGCAACUCAUUCCUCCACCUGUCAGCAGCAGUUCUCCUUUCCCUCUCUCAGCAGUCAGCCAUCCACAAACAUAGUUUUGCCUGUUGGAAAAAUGGCACCACCUACAGAUGACGAAAUAAUGGAGUUUAUUAGAAAAAAGAUUGCAUAUUUUAGGACCCUUUUAAAUCCAGAAAACAUAAACAUUGGACUCACAUUUAACGGAUGUCAUUUUCGCGGUAAUGAAGGCAACGCUGCACCCCAGUCUGACUGCAUCAUGUCCAACGAUGUAGCCCAUUCUCGCUCAACGUCGACCUCCGACAAAGAUGUGGAGAGGAAUGGCCUCUACUGUGCUGCUGCAGUUGGACAAACACUUCAACAGGACAGUUCAAAGGGCAGCAAUGAAAAUGUUACGUUAACCCCUAAGUCAAGAGAGAUGAGUCAUUGUGCUACAUCGACAUCAAAGGAACAUUCAACAGGUACACAAGCCUCUGUUGUAGGAAAUUCAAAACAUACUCCUAAAACAUUUGUUGAGAAGAGUACAUUGGUAGAAUUUGACAACUUGGAUGUAAAUAUGCCAGUAAAUUAUGAUGACAAAUGUUUUUAUUUAGGUGAUUGUGAAAAUGAAACAAUUGUCCAUAGCAAUAAUGAAAGUUUCCAUAGUAAAUGGUGUGACAAGUACUUGCAGACUGGUGUAACCACUCUCCGUUAUACAUUAACUGCACUAAAGGAGCUGAUUGCUAGUUUGGAGAAUGUAGAGACCAUUGCAGGAAUGGAUAACUUUCCUGAAGUCUUACUGCAACAAUAUUGGAAUAGGGAUAUAGAUAACUUAAAUCUCUUUGCAUCCACAGAAUAUCCACAAAUUAUGGAGAAAGUUGCUGCCACUUGCACAAAGAAUGAAGAUAAGAGUCCAGUGGUUCUCACGGAAGUGUCAGAAACGGACUUGGCUAAACUGAUUGAAUACCAGCCCAGUUCAUCGCUUAACUGCAGCUCAUCACAAGAAGAACCUACGCCUGUCCGGUUAAAUAUCGUCAAGUCUUUGGAUGACAUCGAGCAAACGUCUGGUGUUUCUUGGGCUCUCAAACACACAAGAGAAAGGGAGAAAGAAGAUACAGGCCAUUUUGUGAAGAUGGUAGGGAUGGACAAUGUGCAAGGUGUGACUGAUGUCUCAGAGGAUCGUCCAACCAAGUCAAGUUCAGUAGUAUAUGAAGACAAAACAUUUGAACCUGCAUCUCUCAUUGAAAAUCAAGAUGUUAAUACAAAAGAAAAUUGUGAUGUGACCCGUAAGAAAGUGAUUGCACCUUCCAAACUAAUUGUUAAAAUUCAGAUUCAUAAUCUUGUAUCAGUUCCUAAAAAUCGAAGUGCACUGAUGUGCAGCCAGCCAAGUCAUGAAGGUGUGAAGAAAGAUGGGGAUUCUGUGCAUUCAGAAACAGAUGUAAGCGCAGCACUUUAUGAAAACAAAGUAAAAGGAUAUUCCCCUCCAUCUCAAAGUAAGAGUAGAGAAACAGACUACUCUUUAAAAGAUCUACAAUAUGAUGACAUUUCAAGUGAAGAUGAAAAUUCACAGAUUGAGAAUGUGGCUCUGCAAAAAUCUUCACUUGCUCAAGUACCUACAGGAAACAGGCAGUUACCAUAUGGAAAUAAAAGCUAUGGACAUGAGCAAGUUCAGGCUCAGAUGAAGACCAAAAUCAUUUCGGAAAAGGAACUGAUUUCCAGGAAGCAGGUUUCACCAGAGACCGAAACAUGUAUUUCAUGUAGUCCUUCCUCUGUUUUGAAAGAUGGCGAUGAGAUUGAUGAUCAGAUGGAUGAUGACUGGAUUGUCAUUCCAAUAAGCAUGUAUGACCUUAAAUUUGAACGAGAAGAUGAAGAAUGCGACAGCCAAGAAAGGGUUGUGCUAGAUAAUGGUGAAACUGGAGACAAAGAAACAGAAUCUGACACUGACACAAGUCCACUACCGGCUUCUGUGCCUUCCCAGAUGGAGGUAUUUGACACACUGGAGAAGUAUCUACAAGAAAAAUCUCUACAUGGUUUUGGCUGGAGAUCAGCCUGCAGCACACCUGAACAACUAGACUCAUGCAUGCCAUCACAUACACUGCAGAGCAGGAGAGCAUCAUACUCAGAGUCUGAAGACAGCUAUGAAACUGAGGACAGUUGUGAUUACCCAUUUGAAUCAAAACAAAAUCUUUUGACUGUAUCUUCUGAGUUAUUGGAGAAGGGGUUGACACCAGCGCUGGAUGAUUCUGAGUCUGAAAAAGAGAGUGAAGAUGAUGAGGUUAUAGAUGUGCAAAGACCUGGAAAGCUGAUUGAAUCCAAGGCUGCCUCGGAGUAUGUUCAACAUGAGAGCAAUGGACAAAUUUCAAAAAUUGAUAUCAUAGUAAUUGAUUCUGACACAGAGGACGACAGUGACCAGAACUGCAGAACAAUGGCAAAAAGGAAAACAAUCUCCUCAGACUCAGAUGACAGUAGAGAUGUGCCAUGUAGUCAGAAUUCACCUAAAAAGAAAUUAAAAAAGAAAAGGCACAAACAAUCAAUGUCAGAAGGAAUAAGAAACACAAAAAGAACAUACUCAUCAGAAUCAGAGGACAGUGGGAAUGCUUUAAUUGCUGGAAAGGUUCAACCUUCAACUGAAACUAUGAAACGCCUUUGUGGGACUGCUGAGAAAAAGUCAGAAGAAUCCAGGCUGUCAUCUGAGGACGCUGCAAAGAAGCAACUCCAGUCUGUGGGCAAGGAGGCAGAUACCAAUUUGCGUCCUAAUCAUGUUGUUCAUAACUCUACUGGACACUUGAAACUGAUUAAAGAAUCUCGAGUCCACAGGCAGGGCAAUGAUGAAACUCGGGCUUCAAAAAACCCCAAAGGAACCAGCAAAAAUACCGACUCUUGUGAAAAGAAAAAACAGCAUCUGCACAAAAAAGUCAAGGUCCCGGCCAGUAAAGCAAAACCCAAACAACUUUCAUCACCUAGCCAGGAAGGGGCAUUCAUCUCCACUGCAAGCUCGUCUUCAACAAGUGGACAACUUUCUGAUCCUAGACAAAGCUCUGCCUCCUCUAAAGGCUUGUUUCAGACUAGAGAAACCUCCACCUCCUGUAGUCUUCCUAAAUCUAAGCAGAGCACAUCUACUCCCAGACAAAAUGCGUCCUCGUCUAAUGCGCAGCUGUCUCGCUCUUAUAGUAUCCCCGCAACAUUAGAUACUUACACCCCCACAAAAGACCCAUCAUCUUCUGAAAGCAUUCUAUCAACAACAAGAAAACAAGUGAUUAAAGACUGGAAGAAAACUUUUUUCCCAACCAAGAUGGAGAGGAAAAUUAACUCGCGGAAGGAGGUGGAAUCCAGAACCACAAAUCUGGAUUCCUCGAGAGAAGCCAGACCAGGACAUAGUCAAUAUGACAGGGCACCCAGACGGCGGCACAACUCCCAUGAGACUGUUACCCCCCUGAUGAAGAAGGCCAAGUGUGAUGCCGUAGAAUGGACGAAGGCCAUAAAUCGUGAAGAUCCAAAGAAAAGGAAAAGUGUGUUGUUUUGCAGUUCUAAAAAUGUACUUUCUGAUGUCUUUAAUAAAUUUGUGGUAGUCAAAUCAAGUUAUUUUUAAUGUCUAAUCUAAAUGUAUGUUCCCAACCCUCAUUCUUACUAUAGGUUUUUCUGUGGGCGACAAUUACAAGUGGUCAGAGAAGGCAACAAAAGGUGAUACUUGACAUAGUCCCAUUUAGAGCUAACCCAUGCACAAUGUGGUUUCACCAGAUUGUCUUGUUUCUGGGGUAUAGAUAUAAUCCUUUUUGUUUUUCUAUCAUUUUUCAUUAUAGGUUCCUAUAAGUCUGGGAGGAAGUGAAGAACCUCUCCAAGAUCCUGUUGGUGAGGGGGGAAAAAGGUGCUAGUGUUUAACUUCUAUAGGGACAGGUGGUUGAUGACUGAAAACAGUAAUAACUGUUCUACUUUUUGCGUUGUAGCUAGUCUUUGAUUUUCCAAAGCAUUUGUGUAUAGAACAAUACCUGUGUAUAGUACCUAUAAAGUAAAUAUUAUGUAUUUUAACUGCAUGUAAAUGUGCAUAUACCAUGCUGUAAAUAAUAUCAUCUGUUUGUGGACAUGUUGUUUUUGAAUGUUCUUUUUACCAGCUACCUCACUGCUUGCUUUACUCAGCAUAAAGCAGCACUUACCCUUUUCUUUCCCCUUUUUACUAUGACCGUCUAAACUUGAAACCUUUCAGAAAUUUUAAUCCUUUUUUUUAUAUACAUCACAUUCACCUUUCCUCUUUAAGUUAAAUCUUUUUGUACUUGGAAAAUUCACCUGUAAUUUUGUGUUUCCUAAGGGCAAUAUUACAUUUGUUUUUAAAAUGUUGAAAAUGCAUAAAGUCUAAACUUGAUCUAU